UGGUUUCAAGUGAACAGUCACACCACUAGUCGGAGAAAGGCACACAUGUGAUAAAGAAGGAGAAUGAAACAGCUCACUGACGUGUUGAUACACAGCUGAUAAGGAAAACAAAAACCGACUUAAAAAAACCCUAACAGUUGAGUUCAGUCGAAGUCAGAAGCAGCAUCUGGUCUCUUUUCCCUCCCAGCAUCAAGAAGAUGUGUGCAAUGAUGCUGAAGACAUUUCCAAUUCUAGCCAUCUUUGCAGGCCACGUCAGCGGAGUUGUGGUGACUGUCCCUGAGAAGACAAUGAACGUCACUACAGGUGGAAACGCAACCCUGCUCUGUACCUACACGAGUUCUGCACCUCUGGGAAAUUUCUUUAUUCAGUGGAGCUUUUACAGUGCCAGAGAGAGCCAGCUGCAUACUAUCUAUUAUUAUUCAGGAGGCCAGUCUUACUCCUAUGGAGCGUUUAAGAACAGGAUAACAGCUGCAACAGGUCCAGGGAAUGCAUCAAUAACAAUCUCCAACAUGCAGCCCUCGGACACUGGUUCCUACACCUGUGAAGUUUUCAGCCCUCAGGAUGAUGCUGGACAGAGUCAAAAAUCUGUGAUUGUCAGUGUGCUGGUCAAACCAUCAAAACCUUUCUGCAAAAUAGAAGGAACACCAGAUAAAGGCCAUCUAGUCUACCUCCUAUGCAGAUGUGAAGGAGGACUGCCUCACCCUACCUACCGCUGGUACAAAGUCGAUGAGAACACCCUCAAGCCUGUGACUGAACAAUAUAAUCCAAACACUGGCAUUCUUUACAUUGGCAAUCUCACCUCCUUUGAAACUGGCUACUACCGCUGCAUAGCCAGCAAUGUCCUGGGGAACAGCACCUGCGAGCUUGACCUAACAGCAAAACACAGUGGGAUUGUUGCUGGAGCAUUAAUAGGAGCCAUUCUGGCAGCUGCUAUCAUUUGUGUUAUCGUCUGGGUCUUAACCAAGAAGGCAAAAAAUAGGAAGUCACGAAAUAAUGAGAUGCAAGAAAUGGCUCAGAAACAACCCAAUGCAGACUAUGUUCAGGUACCUAAUGAAGAAAACAUUCCAGCAACCACAGUUCCAUCGAGCAAUGCGACAAAUGAAUACCCAAGUGCUGAUGAAACAGCAGCCCCUGGAACACCUGAAAAUGAUGAGAAGCAAGAAGCAGAAAAAGAAGAAAUAGCCUAA